GGGGUGGGGGGCGUCCUGGGAACCCCACGUCCUUGGAGGUGGAGAAAGGAGAGCUGAAGGCAGCGACUUAGGGCAAACGCCCCAGGAGUCCCGAGCGGGUGGGGCGGGACCUGCGGUUGCCAGGGAGGAGACUUUGGCGUCGCGUCACCAAGGUAACCCUGACCGGAGGAAGCCGGCCAUGGCCUCUGGGCCUGGAGGGAGCUGGGGUCAUCCCGCACCGCAAAGGGCAGCCCCCGUGCCCUGGGUGAGGGUUCUGCAGCCCUUCCCAUGGGCCGUCCCACCGCCACCCCCGCAGCCAGGACGUGUGAAGGAAGACGUGAUGGAGCUGAUGCUGCUGCAGAACGCACAGAUGCACCAGCUGAUCCUGGGUCGCCUGGUGGCAGCAGUGCUCAGCCCCUGGCCCGCCUUCUCUGGCCCGCAGGUCCACAUGGAGGGUCUGAAGGAGGAGAGUGAGGAGGAAGAGGAGCUGGAAGCCCAGGAGGAAGGGCCUCUGGUGUUCCACCACCACUACCUGCCCUGCCCAACGCCCGCUCUGGGCCUCCAGCCUCCCUGGCCAGCGCCUUUCCUUCCCCCUCCGCCACACCAGCCCCCCUGGCAGGAUGCACCCAGGAUCCAGCAGCGCCCUCCUGCCAGGAAAAGGGGGGUGAGAGCCGUGCCCCCACCCCCACCCCCCAGUGCCACAGGGACUGUGGGUGCGGAUGUACCCCCGGCUUCAGGUAGGGGCAGGGGGUGUGGGCAGCAGGCGCCAGGCCUAGGGAUGGGUCAGGAGGCUAGGGGGGUCGUCUUCCCCUGAGGGUGGGGGUACUGUCACUGCUGCAGGCAACUGGCCUGUCCCCUUCCCUUUCCCUCCUUGGGGUCCACUGAGGCAGGAGGGAGUCAAGAUGAGGGUGCUGUCUCCCCCCACCCAGAUUACUAUGACGCUGAGAGCUUACUAUGAAGACAGACGCUGGCCCAGGGACCCACACCAGCUGCACUGCGAGGCUGGAUACAGCCCCCCGAGGGCCCCUCUGGUGCUCACAGCCACACCUGACAGCCCUUCUCUGCCUAACCCCAACCGGGCCCUCCCCUCCAGGGUGAAUCAGUCUCCUCUCCUUCCCAUUAAGACCUUGAGCCAGCCCCUCUCUUCUCUGGAGUAAGCUCAUUAGGUUCUUCACUGUUCAAGGCCCUCGACCCACGUGAACACCCACCUCUGCCCCACUGUUUGCUUCCCGGGCGAGGGGGAGGCUGGGAACCAGAGCCCCCCCAGACCUCAGUCCCUCACCCCUCUCUCUGGGAAGGCCAGGGCUGCGGGGUCUCCGCUUGGCCUAAUAAUGGAGCAGGAGGCCAGAGAAGACUGGUUUUGUUGUCCACAGCUCUGUAAAGGCCAAGAUGCAAAAGAAUCCUGACGGGGAGGGUCCUGGAGCUGCGCCAGAUCCCUGGGGGCCCCACCCUCCACUCCACCAACAGGAAGUUGGCUCUGUGGCCGUGUCCUGCUCCGACAGGGAGUGGCCCCAGUUCCCGAGGGCCGUGUGGGAACAGAGUGUCUCUGCCCGGCCAGGCCAGGGCACACCGCCCCAACCCCACCGAGGAGGCUCUUGUCACUUGGCCGAUGAGGGUGGGUGCCCGGUGCUGAGGCUGGUCAGCAUGGGGGCGCCCCAGGGCUGGGCUGGCCCGAGGCCUCUGUGAAGCAGAGGGUGGAGGGACACUGAGGAGGCUUCUAGGGAGAGAAGUGUCGGCCCGAUGCGUCACCUUCCUGGCCGCUGAGUACUCUCCCAGGAGGAGACGCGAGGCACAGGGUUAGGUCCAGGCGUUU